CGCAGACUCCCCUCCCCGGCCCCCUCACUCGCGAUCCCCUAGCCCGCGCGCGCCACAAACUCCGUCUCGGUCCCCGCAGGUGAUGUCAUGCCCAUUGUUUUGGUGCGCCCAGCCAAUCGGACUCGCCUCCUCGAUUCUACCGGAGCCGGCAUGGGCCCUUCCUCGCACCAUCAGCCGGAGUCCCCGCUCCCGACCAUAACGCAUUGCGCAGGGUGCACCACCGCCUGGUCUCCCUGCAGCUUUAACAGCUCUGACAUGGAAACCCCAUUGCAGUUCCAGCGCGGCUUCUUCCCAGAGCAGCCGCCGCCGCCGCGCUCCUCACACCUGCAUUGCCAGCAGCAGCAGCAGAGCCAGGACAAGCCGUGCCCGCCCUUCCACAACAACUCCAACAACCUGGCGCUCUACGGAGCGGGCGGCGGAGGCAGCACUGGAGGCGGUGGCGGCGGCGGCAGCGGGCACGGCAGCAGCAGUGGCACUAAAUCCAGCAAAAAGAAGAACCAGAACAUUGGCUACAAGCUGGGCCACCGGCGCGCCCUGUUUGAGAAGCGCAAGCGGCUCAGCGACUAUGCGCUCAUCUUCGGCAUGUUCGGCAUCGUGGUCAUGGUCAUCGAGACCGAGCUGUCGUGGGGCGCCUACGACAAGGCGUCGCUGUACUCCUUAGCUCUGAAAUGCCUUAUCAGUCUCUCCACGAUCAUCCUGCUCGGUCUCAUCAUCGUGUACCACGCCAGGGAAAUACAGUUAUUCAUGGUGGACAAUGGAGCAGAUGACUGGAGAAUAGCCAUGACUUAUGAGCGUAUUUUCUUCAUCUGCUUGGAAAUACUGGUGUGUGCUAUUCAUCCCAUACCUGGGAAUUACACGUUCACAUGGACGGCCCGGCUUGCCUUCUCCUAUACCCCUUCCACAACCACUGCUGAUGUGGACAUUAUUUUAUCUAUACCAAUGUUCUUAAGACUCUACCUGAUUGCCAGAGUCAUGCUUUUACAUAGCAAACUGUUCACUGAUGCCUCCUCUAGAAGCAUUGGAGCACUUAAUAAGAUAAACUUCAAUACACGUUUUGUUAUGAAGACUUUAAUGACUAUAUGCCCAGGAACUGUGCUCUUGGUUUUUAGUAUCUCAUUAUGGAUAAUUGCCGCAUGGACUGUCCGAGCUUGUGAAAGAUACCAUGAUCAGCAGGAUGUUACUAGCAACUUCCUUGGAGCAAUGUGGUUGAUUUCAAUAACGUUUCUGUCCAUUGGUUAUGGUGACAUGGUACCUAACACAUACUGUGGGAAAGGCGUCUGCUUGCUCACAGGAAUUAUGGGUGCGGGUUGCACAGCCCUGGUGGUAGCUGUAGUGGCAAGAAAGCUAGAACUUACCAAAGCAGAAAAGCACGUGCACAAUUUCAUGAUGGAUACUCAGCUGACUAAAAGAGUGAAAAAUGCAGCUGCCAAUGUACUCAGGGAAACAUGGCUAAUUUACAAAAAUACAAAGCUAGUAAAAAAGAUAGAUCAUGCAAAAGUAAGAAAACAUCAGCGGAAAUUCUUGCAAGCUAUUCAUCAAUUACGAAGUGUAAAAAUGGAGCAGAGGAAACUGAAUGACCAAGCAAAUACCUUGGUGGAUCUGGCAAAGACCCAGAACAUCAUGUAUGACAUGAUUUCCGACUUAAAUGAACGGAGUGAAGACUUCGAGAAGAGGAUUGUUACCCUAGAAACAAAAUUAGAGACACUGAUUGGUAGCGUUCACGCCCUCCCUGGGCUCAUAAGCCAGACCAUCAGACAGCAGCAGAGAGAUUUCAUCGAAGCGCAGAUGGAGAAUUACGAGGAGCACGUCACCUGCAAUGCUGAGCGGUCCCGGUCCUCCUCCAGGAGGCGGAGGUCCUCCUCUACAGCGCCACCAACUUCAUCAGAGAGUAGCUAGAAGAGAAUAAGUUAACCACAAAAUAAGACUUUUUGCCAUCAUAUGGUCAAUAUUUUAGCUUUUAUUGUAAAGCCCCUAUGGUUCUAAUCAGCGUUACCCGGGUUCUGAUGUCAGAAUCCUGGGAACCUGAACACUAAGUUUUAGGCCAAAAUGAGUGAAAACUCUUUUUUUUUUCUUUCAGAUGCACAGGGAAUGCACCUAUUAUUGCUAUAUAGAUUGUUCCUCCUGUAAUUUCACUAACUUUUUAUUCAUGCACUUCAAACAAACUUUACUACUACAUUAUAUGAUAUAUAAUAAAAAAGUUAAUUUCUGCACAUACUUGUUUGGUCACUUGACAUUUCUAAAAUUUCACUUCUGAUAUUCUUUUCAGGGUAAAAUGACAGCCAUCGGAUGCACACUGAUCAUUUUGAUUUGUGAAAGUUGAGCUAACUUGAAGACUAUCCUUCAAACCCUAUUGAAGAUUUUUCCCUCAUUAUGAUAUAUAAGCAUCACAAUCUCCUGACCCAGCCCCACUUUCUUUUGUCUUUGAAUUUAUGGAUAUCACCAUUUUAAUUCAGUUUGUCUCCAAGUGAUGUGCAAAAUCAGGUAUAUCAGAACUUAAACAAGUGACACAGAUGCUUUCAAGAAUUACUCUAUUCUGCGGUCAGGGAUUUAGCUCUAGGUCCACUGACUGCCUCACAAGCACAAGGUCCCGAGUCUGAUCCCUGGUACCAAAAGAUGAAAAAAUAAAUAAAAAAGAAUUACUCUAUUCCUAGUUUACCAGCAAAUCUACAUGAAGAAAGUACCAGGGUACCUCACUGUCAGUCACUUGUUUAGAAGUAAAAUUGCAACAUGUGUUCAAUCUUCCCAUGUAUUCACUUAUGAGAGCUUAGGCUGUGUAAUAUUUGGGAUAUACAUGUGCAUAUUCAUAGAUGUUUGUAUACCUCAGCAUAAUAAGCAUACAUGUGCCUAACUCCACACUUUACCUAGCAUAUGGUCUGCUUGUGUUCUGUACUAAGAUUUUUGAUACAAGUAAACGGCAUUUGGCAAAUUUCACAACUUUUUCACGCUUGUCUCAUGGGCAUUUAUGUUUGGUUUGAGUGAAGGUAGUUAGGACUCCAAACCCCUCUUUGAAGAUUGAUUAUAAGAAUCCACUAGAUUUGGAAAGACCAUACUGAGGUGAUGGCCACAUGAAUUCUUUCACUGGAGGUGUUUCCAGAGUCUGCAGCAAGAUCUGAUCUGCAGGGAGGGGUCAGGUAGCAUCAAGUGUCCUUAGCCCCAAAAGCAAACUGUUUGCAUUGUUCUGAACCUGAGAAGUAUUUGUUCAUGUUCAGAAUACUGUUUAAGAGGCUUCUGCCCUCCUUUAUAAAGUUCUUUGGCAUGAACUUUAAAACAAUGCAAGUUGCUAGCAUCAAAUACUUUCUUUAGCACAAACUAGAGUGGUAUAUUUGCUCUACUUUCACAUUCAAUGAAGAAAACUUUCACAAGUAUUCUUCCCUAAGGCACACAAAAAUCAACAUUUCCUA